AUGCAGCGCAAUCGCGAGAAUUUUACGUCGCCUUUGAAGCGCUCUAGCACUACACCUAAUUUUCGAUCGAAGGCGAACCAGAUCUUGGACGAGGAUGAUGCGGAAGAAGAGGACGAGGAAACGCUGCAGCUUCAGCUUGCCGAGAUCAAAGCCCGCCUGAGGUUGAAGAAGCUCCAACAGAAAAAUCGCGGCAGAUCUAGCUCCAAUCUCGAAGAAGAAGACGCCCGUCCAAGCUCUGCUAUAAGCGCCGCGCGAACUGAAGCCCAUGCCUUGACACCGAGAAGCGCCAAACCAGCCCUUGGAAGGUCGACGAGCGAUGACAUUCAGGUCCCGGCAUCACCUACCAGGCGCGAGAUUCCCACUGUGGACCCCCUAUCACCACGGAGAUAUCAGAUGGGCAUUGAUAAGGGAUGGAAAGCUAGCGAUGUGUCGUUGAAACGACCCCCAAGCUCAAGAACGGACCCUCGACCCAGCAGCCAGAUUGGUUUCCGAGAUGGGGCCAUGGCACGCCCCAACGAUGUGUUUUCUUCCAGACCACAGACGUCCCCCGGAUCUCGAGGGAUCAGUCGAAUCAAAAGCUUCAGCGAGAGGAUGGCUGAGGGCAGAGCAGCCGAGAAAUCUCGAAUGGAGAGAGCAGAACGGAUCCAGGCAAACCGCAGCUCGGCUUUCCAAAUCGAUAAAGCAGAAAUCGAGGCCUUUAAGGCUGCCGCAGCUGAUGCGAAGCCAUCUUCCCCGUCAAGGGAGCGGCCCGCGGAAUCCUUUAGUCGCGAGGAUAUUCUUCGAUCUAUGGGCCAGGCUCGCCCGUCUGGGCUUCAGCGCAGUCAGACAACUCCGAGCAUCCGCCGCACUGAGGGAAAUACUGGUACCAAUGAUCGACAAUCUCAUCUCCAUAGAAGGAAUAACACAAUGGAAGAAACAACAGGGCCAUCCCAAAAUGGUGACUCGCUCAAGCCCCCCGACUCCUCAAAAUUCGAGUCCUACUCAUCAUUACACCUCUCAAAUCGGGUCCUCCCACAUUCAUUCUUGAGCCGCACACUCGCAGACAAAAAGGUUCUCCGCAUCCCCGAUUUACUGAAGACAGUGAAGGCGCCUGCAUUCGAACUCCCCGAAGACAUUGAAGGAGACUUUGUGGUAUUCGGAAUCGUUGCGUCCAAGUCUGAACCUAGGGAUGUGAAAUCUUCUGGAAACGCAACUGCAAAAACAGAAGACCCCUAUGACGAUGGCCUGAAUAAUACAAACAAGUACAUGGCUAUAACUCUGACGGAUCUAAAAUGGACCAUCGAUCUCUUCCUUUUCGGCACCGCCUUCCCCCGUUACUACAAGGUUUCCGAAGGCACUCUUAUUGCAAUCUUGAACCCUACAAUCAUGCCCCCUCCCAAACACAAAUUAGACACGAACCGAUUCAGUUUGUCUUUGUCGUCGUCCGAUGACACAGUUCUCGAGAUUGGCUACGCCCGGGAUAUCGGAUUCUGCAAGACCGUGAGAAAGGAUGGAAAGACCUGUCAAUCCUGGGUGGAUGGGCGAAAGACCGAGUUCUGUGAUUUCCACGUGGACAUCCAACUCCGAAAGACCCAGGGCCAACGCUCAGGAGUCAACGCCGACACUGGCAUGUUUGGACCAGGUGGUAAAUCCGGAGCACGAACCGGUUUCUUCAACGAAGGAGCCAAGCGAGGGGGCGGCCGAGGCAACGGUGGCUACGGACAAGGUCAGGGAUUGAAACGGGAUGGCCCUCAGUAUGACAUGGGAUCCCAAUCCCUAUACUACGUGGCCCCAGCCCCAAAGAAUCGCGGAGCCGGUCGCGCCUCAUACAACCCCGUCGGAGGUUCUGCAGCAAACCUGAUCGAUGCGCACGAUGACCCCUUCCUAUCCUCCGGCAUGAUGGGCCGCGGCUCAGAAAACAAAGAAGAGAAAAUGCGCCGACGUCUCGCAGCCCAACAACGCGAACGCGACAUAACCCAAAAACUUGUCUCAGGCCGAGUCGGAGGCGUAGGCGCCGAAUAUCUCCGCACAAGAACCGGCAAUGAAACCCCAAACAUGGAAAUGACUCCAGGAACACCUACUUUGCCCAAGAGUCCUUCAGCCACGAACGGGAUGGAUCUCACCACAUUCGGCAAAGCCAGAAAUGUCCGCUUGAGUCCCAUGAAGCGUGCCCAUGGCACACCGCACGGCAGUGGGGUGAAGAAGACGCGGUUUAUCACUUCGAAGGGAAUUAGAGAAGCUGGUCGGGAGAGUUUGGGGGCACCGGCUGAGGUCACGGCUGGUGGAAGGCAGGCGAUCUUGGAUGAUGACGAUGACGAUGAUUUGGAGUUUGUUUGA